AUGCGGCUGAAAUGUUGCAAUCAUCAGCUGUGUUUGGUGAGGAAGCCGACGGUGUUAGCCAUUGAAAGACUGUGGGCGACGAUAGUUCGCUUGGGUCAUCUCAUGGAGACACACUCCUUUCGGCGAGCCCUGGCAACUGCACUGGUGGCGCUGAUUCAAGAAGAUGGGCAGUUCGUUCGAGUACCAGUCUAUGAGUUGCCGGAGGACAUGGCCCUUUGGAGGCAGCGCAGCGAGUGGCUGAUGCGGGGCUUCAUCACAACGAGCAAGAACACAGCAAGCUCUUUGAGUGAGAUGAUUGCAUUCGCAAACGGGGAUACGACCAGCUCCACUGUGGUGCAUUGGUGUUUGAUGGGCUCUGCGGACAAGCCUGCUUGCUGCAACACAGAUCAGGAGGCACUGUGCAAAUUUCUUUCUCACGCAGUUCCAUUUUUCAGUAGGGGCUAUGAGACGCCACUACUUUACAGAAUGAAAGGGUACGGCCCAGCCUCCUCGUUCGUGAGCUUCGGUUGCUGUUUUUUUCGAAUGCUUCCGCGCAUUCUGCAGCGUAUGGCACAGCGCUCUGACCCUGGCAGUGAGUGCGCGACUUUGGCUGAUGCGCUGAUGACCGAGACAAGUUUUCGACAACCCGGAAAUGAUGGCGCUGACACUGCGGGAGACUUUGAGCACAUCCUGGCAGACGCGCUGGAUAUGAAUAAGAACUAUAGUGCUCAGAACAGCGUUCGGCGGCGGCUGGUUGUUGAGGAGAUCAGCAAACCCAGUUUCCCACGCUCCGUCAUGGCUGUGGAUGCGCUGAUUCAGCCCAUUGAGCAUGGGGUGAACUAUAUGUUGGGCCAUACGAAGAUACUCCAUGACCUUGGGUUUUUGGGGCGUUCCCAUCCCCAGUGCGGCAAGCUUCAAGAGGAGGCCCGGCACAAGUUCCUUCACACAGUCAGUGGCAAUUUCGGCAACACUUUGGUGAAGGAAUAUGUGGAUUUCUUGCAGCGCGGAUUGACAGAGGCAAUCUCCAUGGGAUUGGAAGCACAUCCAGCUCUUUUGAACCAGAUUUUUCAGCUGGUAAUUGUAUGUAUGACUGAUUUGCACCGCAGGCUCGUCUACGAGUUCCGUUUUCCACCCUGGAGUUUGUUUGGCCUGCUUGAUCUCGACACUGCAGGCUUCGUGCAGGCCUGGACGACUCUGCAGGACAAGAAGGGGCGGCUUCUCACAUCAAGGGAGUCCCCAUCUGACCGGAGCGAUCGCCUGGUCAAAGCCACUACAAAAUCCAUUCGGAAGAUUUGUGGCUGGAAUGUUUUCCAGCGAGCCGAGAUGGAGGGUCUGGCCCUGACCGGUGACCAGUACAAGAGCAAGAUCAGGGAGAUCAGCCAGAAGUGGCGCAACAUGAGCCCAGAAGACAAGAGCGCUUUCAAGCUUGAAGCAGAACAUCAACAAAGCAAGCUGGACGCGUUGGCAGCAACACCAUUGCCUUCAUCUUCGUCCGCGCCUGCGCAGGAGGGCGAGGUGUGGCGAAACGCGGCAAAGAAGCUCUCCGCUCGGCGGCUUGCGCUGAACAAGAAUGCGUUUAUGGCCCAUGAACUGUGGACGGCGCCUACCCAACUCGGCAACAGCAGCUUUGUCUGCAACCGUAACACACUUUAA